AUGGCCAUUGGCCACUCUCUCCCAAGCUCAGGCCGUCAAUUCAAGAAUUUCUUUGAGAGACUUGAUGAUGUCGAAAUUGAUGUUUUCCGAAGCCUCGAUAAAGUUAAGUCGGAGCCGCAUGAGGGCUCUACUUUUUUCCGGGACUGCCUCAUCGAAUGGAGGGAACUGAACACGGCUGAGGAUUUCAUCUCUUUCUAUGAGCAAAUGACGCCGUUGGUCCAAACGUUGCCUUUGAUUCUGUUGCACAAGGAAACCAUAAUCUCAGAACUCGUUUCGAGAUUACAGAUGGAUGCAAGGCUGUCGCUUGAGCCCAUUCUCACGUUAAUCGCCGCUCUGUCAAGAGAUCUCUUGGAGGACUUUAUCCCUUUCUUGCCGAGGAUUGCUGAUUCUCUAGUGUCUCUUCUAGAAAGUGGUACAGAUAAGGAGCCAGAGAUCAUUGAGCAGAUCUUUACAUCUUGGUCAUCUAUUAUGAUGUACUUACAAAAAUAUCUUGUACAAAAGAUUAAGCAUAUACUAAAGGUUACUGUAAAAUUGAGGUACUAUCCAAAAUAUCACAUCCAAAAAUGUAUGGCAGAAGCGGUCUCAUUCUUGCUGAGAAAUGCACCCUUUGAACAACUUAAAGAAGGUGUCAGAAAGAUCAUGUUUGAAGUUGUGAAGAAAUCAACUGAUACUAGAAAAGAGGGAGUCAGUAAAUUACUGUAUUUUGUCAUGAGAGGAACCUCAUCAAGGUUCCAUUCUAGAGCUGAGAGAGUGUUGCAUUUCCUGAUGGACGACUUGAUACUUUGCAUUGGUGAACAAUUCAACGAAGGUUCAGAGACUGUUCUUGAAGUCUUAAAGUCUGCGUUAGAAAGUUUAUGUGUGGAUUUGGACUCCAAGGAAUUGAACUUAAUGUUCAAUUGCUUAUAUCGGGAAAUAACUGACUCUGUGAUUAAUGGAGGUGUUGAACGUUUAAGCCGCCUGUUGUUGUUGCUUGUUUUUACUGUGCAAGUUAAGAAUGGCCAAAGGGUUUCUGGUGAGUGAUAAGAAUGUUUUUGU